UAUCGUAACAUCAUUAUAUAACACAUAGCCGCAUACAAUUCUUAAAUGUUUUCUGAUCAAGUAGUCCUUGAUAUAAAUAAUACGAAUAGAUUAUUAUUACUUUGGAAACCAAACAGUAAGCACGGUAUAACAAUAUGUGUCUUCACUUUGGAUACUACAUUUUGGCGACGAGAAGAAAAAUGGCGAAUCAGUUCGACAUGAUUCGGUCGCUAGGACUGCAACUGCAGGUAUUCGAUUAUGCAACCCAUAUAGAUAACGUCGGUGUUGAAUGGCGAAAGUGGCUGAGAUCAUUCGAAACAAUGAUUCGAGCUAGCCGAAUUGAUGACGAAGAUUGGAAAAAAGAUUUGUUGCUUCAUUAUGCCGGACCAAGUGUUCAACUACUAUUUGACACACUUCCAGAAUUAGCCAAAGUUGAAAUGCGCGGACCGUUACUUAAUGUCGACAAUUACACUCCUAACAUGACCAGCUAUGAGGAGGCUUGUGCUAGGUUGAACGAAUUUUUCCUACCAAAAGAAAACUCUACAUAUGAACGUCAUUUACUACGCCAAAUGAAGCAGCGUGUUAGCGAAAGCAUUGAUGCUUUCACGAUCAGACUACGAGUCCAAGCAGAACGAUGCGGAUUCGGAGAUCGUAUGGAAGAGAACAUUAAGGAUCAAAUUAUUCAAAACUGUCAAUCAGCGGCACUGCGAAGAGAUUUACUGAAAAGAGGUGAUGCGAGUUUGGAGGAGAUAUUAAGUGUAGCGAAGAUAUUCGAAACGGUGGCUCAACAAGAGAAAUCUUUUACCAUAGGUUCGGCCGUCGGAGAGGUUUCAAAACCAAUAAAUGAUGUUAAUAAAAUUGAUGCGAAUUCUUACGCACCCAAACGGAAGCGAUACGGCGAAAUGACACAGUUUGAAUGUCAUCGUUGCGGAUACAGCGGGCAUUUGGCGAAAGAUUCCAUAUGUCCUGCGAAAGGCAAGUCAUGUAAUAAAUGUGGAGGAAAAGACCACUUUGCCAAGAAAUGUCGAAAAAACAAACAAGUGACAAGAUCGAAUAAUAAUCGAUCGGUUGAAAAUCAAAGGAUCGACAAUCGAGAAAACUUCUCUUCAAAACACGACACUAUCUAUACCGAUUCAAAUACUGUUAAAAAUAUUGUCAACGAAGACACAGAAUAUGUUUUUCACGUAACUACACCAGACAGGAAUAGCGAGCUAUGCUGCGAAAUUGGCGGAAUCGUCGUAACAGCAGUAAUUGAUUCCGGUUCUAAAUACAACUUAUUGGGUAAAACGGAUUGGGAAUAUUUGAAAAGUAGCAGGGUGAUCGUAACAAACCAAAGAAAAGAAUCAACGAAAGUUUUUAAAGCUUACGGCGGAAUACCUUUGCCGUUGCUUGGUGUAUUUACUGCAAAGGUGAAGAUCGGCAAUGUUAGUGAAUUGGCUGAAUUUUACGUAAUAAAUGGAAAUGGGAAAAUCCUAAUCGGUCGUGAUACAGCUACGUCUAUGGGAGUACUAAAAAUCGACAUUCCAGUUAACGAAGUCAGUACGGAAGGCAGCAAACUGGGAACCAUCAAAGGCAUUAAAGUUGACAUCCCGAUCAAGUCGGAUAUUGCACCAGUCGUUCAACCAUACCGGCGUAUACCAGUUGCAUUGGAAAAGAAAGUCGAUAAGAAAAUCGAUGAGUUGCUAAGUCAAGGAGUUAUCGAACCAGUGAACGAACCAGCCAAGUGGAUUUCUCCAGUGGUUGUUGUACCAAAAGGAGACGAUGUUCGUAUUUGUAUCGACAUGAGGCGGGCUAACGAAGCGGUAGAAAGAGAGAAUCAUCCCCUACCGACUAUUGAGGAUUUUUUACCACAAUUGACAAAGGCAAGCGUUUUCUCCCGGCUAGAUGUGAAAUCUGCUUUUCAUCAGGUAGAGUGAAACUCUAUUAUCUAUUAUCCUUCAUUAUGAUUCAGAAUCUGAGUACUACCACUACU